UUCUAGAAUGUGUUUUAAAUUUGUUUUUAUAGGUGGUUUUUAUUCACAGAAAGUUUCAACUAAUCCGAACCUUAGGAUCAUCAGUCUAAACACAAACUUAUACUACGGCCCGGAUGUCGUCACCCUGAAUAAGACUGACCCAGCAAGUCAGUUUGAAUGGCUAGAAAAUACACUGAAUGUCUCUCAGCAAAAUAAGGAGAAGGUGUACAUCAUAGCUCAUAUUCCAGUGGGGUAUCUGCCCUAUUCAAUGAGCACUACAGCCAUGAGAGAAUACUAUAAUGAAAAAUUGAUAGACAUUUUUAGAAAAUACAGUAAUAUCAUUACAGGACAAUUUUAUGGACACACGCACAGAGAUAGCAUUAUGAUUCUUUCAGAUAAAGAAGGAAAUCCAAUAAAUUCUUUGUUUGUGGCUCCUGCUGUUACCCCAGUGAAGAGUGUUUUACAAAAACAGACCAACAAUCCUGGUAUCAGGCUAUUUCAGUAUGAUCCUCGUGAUUAUAAAUUAUUGGAUAUGUUGCAGUUUUAUUUGAACCUGACAGAUGCUAAUCUAAAGGGAGUAGCCAACUGGAAGCUGGAAUAUAUCCUGACCCAGACCUACGACAUUGAAGAUUUGCAGCCAAAAAGUUUGCAUGGAUUAGCUAAGCAAUUUGCAAUCCCAGACAGUAAGAAAUUUAUAAAAUACUAUAAUCACUUCUUUGUGAGUUAUGACAGCAGUGUAAUUUGCAACGCAGAAUGUAAGGCCUUUCAGAUUUGUGCAAUUAUGAAUCUUGAUCAUAAUUCCUAUGCAGAUUGCAUCAAGCAAUAUUAUGUAAGGCACGAUCUAUAGUAUUUCACAACUUGUGUUCAUAGAAAAUGUAACAUUGCUCUCUUUCUGAGAUCAGUUUCUGGGAAUUGUAAAUCUUUGUGAGUUACUGAGUGGGCAAGCAGAAUUCCUUUCUUUGCUUUCUUUUUUAUGAUUCCCAAGUGUAGAUAUUUUUAAUAUCAUAAAUUUUUAUUACAUUGGAUAUAUUAAACUGCCCGUUACUGGAAUGGUGUUCAAAUGUAAAUUUUCUGUCUUCCAGUUUAUAUAAUUAUAUAUCUAAUUUAUACUCUUGUUGACCUUGUCAUUUUUAUAAUAAAGCAAAUGAUUUUUCUUUA